UACAUUGGAGAGCGAAGUCCCCAGGCAUACCGUAUGAUAGUAUCCGCUUCUGCUCCGAACUAAUUCAAGGAACUCACCGAGAACAACUACCUUUUAUACGCCCAUGUUCUGCACUAUUGUAGUGUGUCUUGAAAGUUGGCUGAGCUAUCAAGGAGCAGCGGAAGGAUAUUUAAGCGGACCAUCAUGAGGUGCAUCUUUUCAGCAGCCCUGCUGAGUCGUCUGCCAGUGUUUGCUUUCGCAAGCGUGGCAAUAUUCUGCGCGACAGCAUUCGCAACAUGCUAUCCUGGCUGUACAUGCACCAGCAUUUCUGUGACGUGCAAAAACGUACCAUUGCCGAGUUUGACCGUAUUUCAAACCUCUACCACAAAUCUAACCCUCCAGGACACGGGACUAUCCAUUGCCCAGGACUAUGGACGAUUUCCUAACCUCAUUUUUCUCGAUCUACGAUCCAAUCACUAUUCAUUCGUCGGAGAGGAUCAGUUCCAGAAUGCCACCAAACUGCAAGUACUUGGUUUGGACGACAAUGAUUUCACGGAGUUUCCACAGAAACUACUCUACAGCCUUCUUGAUCUUCGAGUUUUUGGUUGCCGUGUGAAUAGGCUGACGUAUUUGCCUCCGAACUUCUUCCUUAGAAAUCGCAAGCUCGAUGGAGUAUGGAUAGGGGGAAAUCUUUUCAAAACGCUGCCGUUUAAUCUCUUCACCGGAUUGUCGAUAACACAUUUGCAGGUAUCUGAUCAACACAACACCUUGAUCGAUGAUGUCUCAAUGUGUCCCAUCGCUCAAUUUGCUUCACUUGGCCCGACCUAUGAGAGCAAGACAGAGUUGAAGUCGAGAGCAGUGGACUUUAUGUUGUUUUCAUGUAUAGGAGCACAGGUCGGAUGUUACCAUGACGGCAAUCGUACCAAGUUCUUCUGCCAGUGUCCGAGCGGCGAACGAUACUAUGGCCGCGACCUUGGGUGCAAAGCGGCGAGCACCUGCAACCACACCGCUCAAGACCUGUACACAGAAUGUUCCGCCCACCCAACCUGCACACUGAUCUCCCUCACCUUGGGCUACAGCUGCGUCUGCCAAGCAGGGUUUAGCGUUUCCAAGUAUGGGUCCACCUGCGAGCAACUCAAUGAAUGCCGCAACUCUACGUUAUGUGCAAUGAAUGAAGUUUGUGAAGAUACGUACGGAAGCUACAAUUGCAAAUGCAAACAAGGAUACUUCAGAUUACACGGAGGUUGCAAUAACGUCAACGAAUGUGCUGUUAAUGUCUCCACACUAUGCGCAAAGAACGAAGUAUGCAUAGACACACCGGGAUCGUUCAAGUGUCAAUGUUCAACUGGAUUUUCCGAAACAAAGGGACUAUGUGUGGACAACAAUGAAUGUAACUCAACAACCAGUAGCAGUGCUGUCACAUGUCCACAGAAUUCAACUUGCAGAAAUACAAUUGGGUCGUAUGAGUGUAGGUGUGAUGCUGGCUUCCAGGAUAUUCUACAACCCACAUCACCAACAUCUCCUAGUUGUGAAAACAUUGAUGAAUGCUGUAAUGGCCAGUCUACAUGCUCUGCUGUUAUGCUAUGCAAUGAUACCGUGGGAUCAUAUCAAUGUCUGUGCAAAAUGGGAUUCAUCUGGCAAGAAACAACAGGGCUAUGUGUGGACACCAAUGAAUGUAACUCAACAACCAGUAGCACUGCUGUCACAUGUCCACAGAACUCAACCUGCUUAAAUACGAUCGGGUCGUAUGAGUGUGGGUGUGAUGCUGGCUUCCAGGAUAUUCUACAACCCACAUCGCCAACAUCUCCUCGUUGUGAAAACAUUGAUGAAUGCUGUAAUGGCCAGGCUGACUGCUCUGCUGAUAUGCUAUGCAAUGAUACCGUGGGAUCAUAUCAAUGUCUGUGCAGAAUGGGAUUCCGCUGGCAAGAUCGGCUUGCACGGUGCAAUGAUUUGGAUGAAUGUAGCGCAAGCAGCAGCAUUGAACUGUGCCCGCGUAACUCAGCGUGUCGCAACUUGGUUGGAUCUUACUAUUGCCAAUGUCAAUCGGGUUACCAGGACAUGCGAACUCGAACUGAGAGCUGCUCACCAUCCGCGUCCCUCUUGUGUGAAAAUGUCAACGAAUGCCAUGGUGGAAGUGUGAUGUGCGGUUUAAACGAGCAGUGCAAUGAUACAGAAGGAAGCUAUCGAUGCGUUUGCAAGGCGGGAUUUUCCCUUCAAGGCGAAGAUGACGUAUGUGAAAAUAUCAAUGAGUGUCAAACCUCUGCUGAGAAUCCCUGUACGACCACAUCGAGGUGCAUUGACACCGAUGGAUCAUAUGUGUGCGUGCCAACUUGGCGUGGAGAAGCUCUCUUUCCAUCAUCCAGCACAGCAAGUGACGGCACUAAAAGUGUCAUGACAGCCGUUCAAUUCGCCACACUAGCCGUGGGAGCCAUACUGUUCGCUUGUGCCAUCGCGAUCCUUCUAGUGGUCAGCAAGUUGAGAAAACAGCAACAGCGCGACGGGCGGAUGCAAUCAGAAAAUGCGAGGCGCGAUCACGAGAUGCAGGAAGUUAUCCAUCACCCCAAGCCUGAGUUUGCAAGCCAUGCACAGCCAGGCAAUACUCAAGCUGAAUCUUCUUUAUCAAAUUCCAACACUGAACUCACCCAUGCUCCUCAUGUCCACAGUCCACGGCAUGGGUUCACCAACACAAAAUCUCAGCAGGCGCGAUACGAGGACACCUCCCGGCCAUGUGGCUUGAUACAGAACGAGGCAUACGGCAUCCACGCGAACACAGGCAUCCCACACGGUGGUGAACAUAACCCACAUCAGGAGUCCAUGAUGAGUUCUCCUAGCAUCGACGAACCGGAGUACGAAUCGACCACCUAGACGGUGAGCACAUAAAGCACUCACAUUGCAUUCUCUAGUAAGUCAAGUAUUUUACAACUCCCUGUCUCUCCUCUUCUCUCCGUAUAUCGCUCUGUUUUUCUCCGUCGCUCUCUGUCUCUGUCUCUCUCGCUGUCUCUGUCCGUCUGUCUGUCUGUCUACCUUUAUGUCUGUCUGCCUGCUUGCCUGCCUGCCUGCCUGCCUGCCUGCCUGCCUGCCUGCCUGCCUGCCUGCCUGCCUGCCUGCCUGCCUGCCUGCCUGCCUGCCUGCCUGCCUGCCUGCCUGCCUGCCUACCUGCCUGCCUGCAUGCCUGCCUGUCUGCCUGGCUGUCUGUAUGUCUGUCUAUCUUUCUGCCUGCCUGCCUGCCUGCCUGCCUGCCUGCCUGCCUGCCUGCCUGCCUGCCUGCCUGCCUGCCUGCCUGCCUGCCUGCCUGCCUGCCUGCCUGCCUACCUGCCUGCCUGCAUGCCUGCCUGUCUGCCUGGCUGUCUGUAUGUCUGUCUAUCUUUCUGCCUGCCUGCCUGCCUGCCUGCCUGCCUGCCUGCCUGCCUGCCUACCGGUCUGUCUGUCUGUCUGUCUGUCUGUCUGUCUGUCUGUCUGUCUGUCUGUCUGUCUGUCUGUCUGUCUGUCUGUCUGUCUGUCUGUCUGUCUGUCUGUCUGUCUGUCUGUCUGUCUGUCUGUCUGUCUGUCUGUCUGUCUGUCUGUCUGUCUGUCUGUCUGUCUGUCUGUCUGUCUGUCUGUCUGUCUGUCUGUCUGUCUGUCUGUCUGUCUGUCUGUCUGUCUGUCUGUCUGUCUGUCUGUCUGUCUGUCUGUCUAUCUGUCUUUCUCUCUCUCUCUAUCUCAAUCUCUCUCUCUCUUUCUCUUUCUUUCUCCCUGAAUCUUUGGCUCUCUUCCUCAACACUAAGCCAAUUCGAUCUCUCAAAUUGCUUCCUGGACGUCGCAAUUACUUAGUUAUAGACUUUUUUUAUUCAAUAUAAUUGUGGUGUUUGAUGCUUGAUCCUGGCGCUAAAUCGGAGGCCCAAGGUCGGACGAGUUGGGCUGCCGCUGAGCUAUCACGUCUCCUCUUUGUUCUGUCUUUUCAUUACGCCCUCUACUGGACUGUGCACUUCAGUGUAAAGCCUGUUUUUAACAAUGCAAUGGAACUGCACUCUUUGUUGCUUACUCUGCUUGGCUUGCGCUGCCCGCUACUACGCGCAAUGCCAGUACCCUGGACGCAUUUAAAUCUGCUCACUAGAUUCACCAUCACCUGUCCCUCCCAUGCUUCUCCGUCUUGACCAUUACUUUUCUCCUUUUCUUCUUUUAUUCACCAUGGUUGGUUAACACCCACAUCUCCCGUACUGGCUGAUUUUCUUCUCAUGCCAUGAGGUGUUGUCUAUAAUAAUAAUAAUCCCAUCUGCAGGGCUACACUAUAGGCACAUCGUUGGCUCAAGUCUCCAGUUCGAUAGUGUACAACUUUCUCUGCUGCAAUCUGUAUUAAGCUGAUUGCGUACAGUCACAUUCUGUUUUUUCUGCUUUCCCCCAAUUCGAGUUUCAUCACAUGCAUUCUCCAAGCAUAACAAUACAUGUUUGUGCUGGAGCGCUUUCCGUUUCCCACUUUUUGUAAAUCUCUGUGCAUGGAGGAUUUUGCUGUUUCCGUGUUCCACUACUUUUGAUCAUCCUUUGGGGUGACUACGCUUCUUCUUUCAAUUGCAAUUGAAUGCUUUGAUCGCGUCUAAGAAAAGUCCUCAAGUGUAUUGGCCGGGGA